CAGUCCGAACUCAAUUCGCCCGCGCGCUGAGCUCGCAGCCCGAUCUGACAGCAAUGAUCUCCGUUGGCGCUACGAUAUCAUGACUUUGCGCGCGUUACCAUCGCCCAAACAAAGGCUACAUCACUUGCCGGCUCCGAGCCACAGCUCAUGCUAUUCGUCGCGCUCGCAACCGCAGCUGCACCUCUCACCUUCGCCCCCGACUGUCGUCAAACCCCUCCUCUCCCUCGAACCCCACCUCCGACAGGGACAAUACCCCGAAACUUGUCGCCGCCGCCGCCGCCGUAGUGCCGUACGGCAAUCAUCCACCAUCGAACACAGACAACCCCAACGCGCAACAACCUCAACCGCAAGCCUUGCUUUCGUCCAGCUGCGCACGGUGCGCUGCACCGAGCCAUGUCGACCACCCAAGUCAAUGCAGUGCCGGACACGCAACUGGGGUUGAGCUAUGAAGAGAUACAGCUGUUGCGUCAAGGACAAGCGGCACUGGGCCAAGGAACAGGAGGAGGCGGUUCGAAUUCGUCACGGGCAGCAAGUCGCGCGUCAAGCCAAGGACUGCUGCUGCUGGACAGCACCUCAUUGGCAGCUCUAGGGCGAUACUUUGACCGGGUCAUGAACCAGAUCGAACAACAGAUCCUCUACCUCAGCGAACAAAGCCAGAUGUUCACCAUGGCCCAAUUUGACCGAGCUGGCAAUCUAAUUGAGGGUGCUGACGCCGAGAUCCAGCGGUAUCACGAGCUUCUCCGGCAACUUGACGAGUUGGAACUCGACUUCGACCGAAUAAGGCAUAUCAAAGAGAUUGUACGAGGGUACAGAUCACGAGUUGAAGAGAUGGAGCGUGAAUUGGAACGGAGUGGCUCAUCUUCCCGGCAUAGAGAAGGACACCAUUCUCACCGGCAUGGCCACUCGCAUAGUCACCGGCAUGGGCACGAGAGUUCUCGUCGACACCGACACUGAACGAUUUUUAUACGCACAACAAGACAAAAGCGCCUCGGGGGAGUCCUUCCUAGGCUCGAAAAACACCACUAAAAGCGUAUACAAACAAAUGUUGAAGGAAGGCAGCAGAGAGUGUCUCAAAA